CUAUUCGUUGAGUAUAAGGCAGGUGAGGCGCGCUCUGAGCUGUGGAAACAAAUUUGAUAUGUUUCAUUUAGUGCUAAAAUUGCUGCGAUGAACGUUUUUUUGUAAAAGUGUUCAGUUUAUAACGACAAGUACGUCAGCUGCUAUCAUCGUGCGUGCGAAGGGUAGUUAUUGGCUCUCUACCUUUUCACAUUUGCACCGAGUCCUGAGUCCAAACGGAGGGCUCAUUUCUUCUAUCUGUCCUUGCCAGUCAUUUGAGUAUUCACACUUUUCGGGACCUGGGGAGACCAGGAGGAUACGUUGCAUUUGCCACUUGAACUGUUUUACUAUUGAAAGUGACACCCAAAGGGAACUAGACAUCCCUGGAAACGUAAAGAACAUUUCACACUGAAAAGGCCUCAAAAAAACUUCUAAGGCCAGGUUGAUAUCGGCUCAGAAGAGGAACUCUGCAAUUUAUAUUUGGUUGUUUUGUGUGAUAUUCUUUUUAUUUUUUUGCUCUUCAUCUGGUGAUCCUGUUAUUGACUUUUGGAUUGCAUAUAUUUACUGUUUUAAUUGUAAACAGUAGUUAAUUUGUUUCAAAAGGAUGUCAUACUGGAAUAAAUCUGUUGACCGGGCGCAAAGAGAGAUUUAUGAUGGGUUUAACGCACGUUCUAACACUUUCAGUUCACGUCCAUCAAUAUCUCCUCCUAGCAGACCUAGACCACAAAGAUUUGAUCAUCAGUCAGCACCUGGUUUUAAUAGGCGAGAUGCCCAGACUUCGUAUUCCGAAGAUUCAAGUCCACAUACGUCAGAUUAUACUUCUUUUACUGGCUUACCUCGUGCAAAUGAGUCUCGAUUUGCAAUGGAGUCUCAUGAUCAUUCUGUCCAAGAUAGAACCGUGGCCAAUGCCAUGGAUAUUUUAAAUAGCUUUGGUCUCUCUGCUGAAGAUUUAAAUGCUUUAGCUCGUGUUCCAGAGGAUAUGCUUAAUGUGGACUCUCUUCCGGAGCUCAUCAUGGAGCUCAGGUCACAUCGAACUGAAGCAGAGCAUGCAUCUCCAAGCCCAAGAAAUGACCGUCCAUACAGGGUAUCACAAGAUACAUGGGAGGAAACUAAUCGCAACAGGACUCAUGACCCUAACUCUACCACAUCUAGUUACGGUCGUGUAAUUGAUUAUAAGUAUGGAAGGGGAAAAGAAGAGUACCCCAGAUCUAGAGUAAGACAUGACUUUGAACCAACAAUGGAAGAAGACAGUAAUCAUUAUUAUCCAAAGUAUUCCCGUGAUUAUUACAGUCCAGAAUGUGAAUGGACAGACCCUGGUUCUGAUCGUGAAAGAUCCUACAUGGAACAACCUUCAUACCAGGCAGGUCAAAGAUAUGUUGAAGGGGAUCCUGGAUAUCCUACAUUGGACCAUUGGCAAAAGCCACAGCAUGUGCGAACUACAAACGCAGUAUCUGGCAACAUGGGAUCUCCAUAUGAAGAAGAAUUUACGGAAUAUUCUCAUGCUAGGGCACAUCACAACUGGCCGACUGAAGGUAUAUACACAAGAGAUGACAGACCCCACGCAAGAGAUAACAGACCUCUAGAAUCAACCAUGCAGACAAACGGGAAAGUAAUUGAAAUAAAUGGCUUAGUUAAAGCAAAAGAUCUCCAGAAAGAUUUGGAGAAGCUGGCUGCUCCUUUUGGAACAAUAAACAAGUGUGCUGUGUUCCGGAAAAGAGAUCGGGCAUUUUUAGAAAUGAGUACAAAAGAUGAAGCCACAGCUAUGAUAAAUUACUACAAAUACAAAAAGCCUUCUAUUCGUGGACAAGUUGUGCAAUUGUCAUUUUUGCAAGGAAAAGACAGUAUUCAGGAGUUUUUCGAUUCUAUGCUGUAUAUCAGAGAUCUUCCUCCACAAGGUUAUUCAAAUUCUGAUCUCUGGACUUUAGUCAGAAGAGCUGGGCUUGUGGACUGCCAAAUAUAUCAAAGAAAUAAAAAUGAGGCAUUUGUAGAAGUGAAAAACAGUGCAGAGGCCGAGAAAAUGAUAAAGUUCUACAGAAGUAACAAUCUUUUGGUCAGAGGCAAAAAGGUUAAUAUUACUAUAUGCAAGGAUCCUGAAAGACUUAUGUUCUGGCGACAAGGAUACACCCAUCAAUCUACUCAGCAACGUGAUGCUGGAUCCACUGGAAACACUGAACCUGAAUAUGCUCAUAACCUUAUGGGGGAUGAUUCAGGAAUAGGUAAAGGGUUUGGAGCAGUAGUAGGCAACAUUUCAUUUGAAGAGCCUUCAAAUCAAAAUAUCUUGCAAAAUGAAGAGUUUGCAGAUGAGCAAAAGGGUUUUUUGGAAUUUCCUCACGUACAAAGAGAGGAAGGUUUUGGAUUUAAUGUGGAAAAUGAAGAACAAAUAGAGGAAGUAGAGAUGGAAUUAGAGGAUGGGUCAAAUGAUAGCUGGCACAGUGAAGGAAAAAUGUGCCAUAAGAGGUCCAAUGAUCAUACUGAGCCAUCAUUAGAAGAUCCUAACUAUUCAGAAACUUCAAAAGAUGUACCAGCAAAAAAAAUGCGUGAUUUUAAUAAAAGUGAAGGUAUUGAGCCACCAGAGACUGUUUCUGACAACUCCAACACUGAAAAAGUAAAUGAGUCUUUUAAAAGGUCACAGAAUGAUAUCCAGGAACCUGAUGACAGCCUCUUGGGUUUCAGAAAGGACUCUACAGAUGUUAAGGAGAAAAUUGAGAAUGGUUUUUCUGUAAAACCUAUUGAAAACCAGAUAGGCAAUACCACACAGAUUGAAGAAACUCUGAAGAAUGAAUUUGAAGAACAGACUGAAAAUAUUUUGGAAAGACCGCAAGCUACAGGAAAUUUGUCUGCUGAUGUUGGGACUGCAGUUGUAAAAAUGUCCCUUAAUAAGGUUGGAAAAUUUAAUCUAAUAGUAGGUCAAAACAAACCGAUUGAGUUACAGCUGGAUGAGAAGAUGAUUACUGAGAGGAAUGUUGUAAAAAAACAGGAGGAAGAGGAUAUUCAGUUCCCUAUAAAACAAACUCAUUUAGAACCAUAUCAACCCAACACCUGUUAUGGAUUAGAGUUCAUGGUUCCUGCUACUGGCUACUUUUGCAAGUUGUGCAACCUCUUCUAUGGUACAGAGCAGUCAAAGCUUGCACACUGUAAAACUCAGUCCCACUAUCAAAAGCUAAAGAACAAGAUGGACACGGAAAGCAGCUGUCCUACUGCAGAAAAUUGAACAAGAAAUUUGUGAAAAAUUAUGGCAUUGUCUUGGCCAUAUUUUCAUUUUUUCUUUGAGAAUAUAUUGUAUGAUCCACAUUUUUUCAUAAAAUAGUUCAACUGCCUUCAGAAUUUUCAUAGUGUUAACAAAGAAACUGUAAAUCAGCCUCAUUUCUUUAUAUGUGUGUAUUUAAAAUUCUAUAUUGCCAUCAUUUCGAAGUAUUAAAUAUACAUAAUUACAAAGUA